AUGGCUACCCCUACCCGGAUUGACUGGAGCAACUACACUUCUGACGGUGACCCUGACAAGUGUGUUGGCAAGUCUUCAACUCGUGGCCCCAAGUAUCUUGAGGGCCUUCUGAGUGAAGUCAAUAAGAACCAGGAGAUCCUUGCCAACUUUGGCCCUGCAGGUGUCUUUUUCAGCACCUUGCCUCCCAACUACGUUCUCGACACAAGAGAUCGUCCAACAAUCACCAACGGGCAAAGAUUAUAUGAUAACUACGUAUACGGCCACCCCAGGGGCAAUUUCCGCACGAUCGCUUCGUUUGCUGAGCACGUUGCAUCUAUCCUUCUGACCCCUGUCAACACUGGGGUCGAUGAGGACGGAACUCCUAACGUCUUUGAUGGACUCAUGCGCAAGGCCAAGCAGGGACAGCAUCUAAGCGUGGCUAUAACAGAGCCCCUUUCCAUGGAGUGGCUGGUUGAACAAGAUCUUGCAAAUCUGCCCGCCUAUCUUAACUCACUCGAACCCUCCACGCGCUGGUACCCUCGCCUUGGCGAGAUCGUCCUCGUUGCGCGCAACCUCAAAAACGACCAGAUGAUCACGUUCGAUGCCAACGCAGACAUCUACAAGAUUAAGGAUUCCAGACUCGGCUGGGUCGGUCUACCUGUCUGGGAAGCCGUAGUCGUCACUCAGGUCACCAAGAACGGCUUGGCUGCUGGCCUCCUGGAAAGCUCAGAGGAGGAUGUCUUCCGCGUCGAACCCAUGCCUGAAAUUGGCAACCCCGACAAGCCCUGGUCGACCCGCUACAAGGUCGUUCAUCUUCUCAACAUGCGCCCCUUCUCUCUCUGGCAGGAACUCAUGAACGGCGCCGAUGUCAGCGAGUUGCGCGAAUGCCACCCCACCGUGCGCCACGCUAUGACUGCCAUAUCCUCCAUCUCUGUUGUUGGACGUUACCACUUCAGCUCCGACGGAGAGGAAGCCCGUGUCUACUGUAAGGGUCUGUAUGUCGGCGCUGAGUUCUUUGUCGCUGGCGACCUCGUUCGCUUUUCUUCGCCCAUCCACAACAACAGCUUCGGCAAGGAUGUCAUUCAGAUCAAAUACAUCUGCGUUAGCUACAACCUCGAGCGCGAGCCAAUUACCCCUACCAGCGUUCACAUCACCGGUGUUGCUUACACCGCCGAUCCUAAGCACGCUUCUGGCCAGUAUCAACGCCCCAUUCCCUACGAGUCGCUGCCCUUCCGUGGCAUGCGCGGCUACGGUCUCUGGUACAAGAUGGGAGAAGGUGAUGCCAUGGUCCGUAUGCCAUACACCAGACUCCUCACUCGUCUCCUGGAAGACAAGUACAUCAAGGGCAUGAUGGGCAAGUCCUGCCUUAUCAAAGUCGCUGCGGGCGGUGCUGAGCAUCUGGAUAUUCCUCAGCACAUCGUUGACAUUACUCAUGGCAUCGAGGGCGUUCGUAUCGCUCGCGAAUACUCGACUCAGCACGAUGCUCGCAUCAACAAGAAUGAAGGACAGACCUGGUACCUCGGCGAGAAUCGUGUUGACCAGCUCGACCUCACCCAAAUCAAUGGUCAGGACGAAGCUCACUUGAAGGCUAUGUUCCGCGCUCGUUCUGCUCGUCAGAAAGGUCCCAAGAUCGGCCACACCUACACUGCUCCCUCGAUGAACAAACCCUAUGGAAUGCUCGCCAGUAGCAUGAACGCCAUUGAAAACGACAUGGCCCAGCAAAGACAUGCCGACAAACAGUUCAGAAACGACUUUGCCGACAGAUUGAUGGACAAAUUCGAGGACGAGUUCACCCAGCGCACCACCGAAGACGACUUUGAUGAGUUCAUCUCGUAG